GUUGCUCACUUAAAAGAAUGGUGGAAACCUGCUUGGCUUGUCGGACCGGCAGGGAAUACAACAUGCCGUCGGAUGGUAAAUGCAGGGUCGGCGACUGCAAGAUGCCUUGUCAGUGCACUCCCAGCACGGCUGCUAUGAUCUAUGGAAGUGUGAUAGGAGGAGUUCUGCUGGUCGUUGUUAUCUUUUGCUGCUGCUUUUACGCGCGACGCCGGGCGAACAACAAUGUUCCCCAAGCUAUGAUGGUCCAGUACCCGCCUCAACAGCAGGUCAUCAUGCAGAAUGGCGUUCCCAUUCCCAUGGCAACGCCAGUCGAAGGAUACCCCGGGAACCAGCGAGCGAUGUAUCCCCAGCAGCAAAACAACAACAGGAGAGCCUUGGGCAUGGGACUUGCAGGAGGUCUUCUUGGAGGUUGGGCACUUGGCUCAAUGAUGGAUGGAGGUGCCGACUACGGGGGUGACUGCGGGGGUGACUUUGGUGGCGGCGAUGGAGGAUUUUGAAGCGGCGGAACUUGCCAUCAUGGCCGAACUGAGGACAGGCGGCUUACCGUAGCCUGAGUCUAAGUUGGAAGACUAAGUUGAACCAGACUCCUGGUGACCGUACGACGGUCUCUCCGUGUGUUUUACUAUCAGUAUGAUUCAGUGAACUUCACUUAUCC